AUCCAUCGUCCGGCAUCCCAGCUUGGGAGCUUCCUCGUCUCAGCCCAAGCCUCUUAUCCCUCCGCGACUGCAGCUCGAGUCCGUGUUCCCAUUUCAUCUCGAACCGGGCUAAUUUCCACCGUGGACCGGCGAGGACACCUGGCGCGAGUACUGGCUCUUUCGUUCCGUCGCCUGGCCCCCCCCCGACGCUUCCUCCUCCGCGUGGUCCAGGAUCCUUUAUCUGAGCUGCGUCCACGGCUCGACUUGCAUCUCACUCGUGCAUCUUCAGGGCUCGCAUCCUAGUCUUCACCUGGAGUCGCAGCGCACACCGCUGGUGCGAUCUCAUUCACUCUCGCAAACGUCACAUGUCGGCCAAGACCGGGGUGUUGGAAGCGUCCUAUACCGCACUUCUCUCCAUCAUUCCCUAACUACCACCACCGCUGUUCAGCGUCAACCUCCCAUUGCUGGCCGACGUCUGGCUACUGCUGCGAGCUGGACCUAAUUCCACUACCGAUAAAGAUAAAGGGCGCUCCGUAAUGAAACCUACACACGCAAUGUCAAGCCCGAUGCUGGCUGGACCGGAGGCGCCUGCGUCCCCCAAAGUCACCGUCGAUGAUGCUGACGCCGGCCGCUCGACAACGUCUCUUCCGGUUACCUUAUCUGAGCCUGAGCGUCCGGCCCUGCGAGGCUUCGCUAGUCCUCUACGCCAUCACAAACGUACUCCCAGCGCUCACCGCGAGAUCAAGGAGACGCUGGAUGCUCGUGUCGAGUUCACCAGCGACGAGUCCGACGGAAGGACGUACCAUAGGAUCAACCAGUAUGUCAUCAUGGAGGAGAUAGGGCGAGGUUCGUACGGCGCCGUCCACCUGGCAACGGAUCAUCUGGGCCGUGAGUUUGCCGUCAAGGAGUUCUCCAAGACCCGUCUGAGAAGACGUGCGCAAUCCCAUCUCCUGCGACAGGGCCCUUCUGGAACCCCUCGCGAUCGGCUAUCCCCCCGGAGCGGUCGCCCUGGGACACCCCAACUGAGUGGCCUGCGUGCUAGCGAGAGUAAAGACGCCUUGUUUCUCAUCAGGGAGGAAAUCGCCAUCAUGAAGAAGCUAAAUCAUCCCAACCUGGUUCAGCUCAUAGAAGUGCUCGAUGAUCCCGAAGAGGACUCCCUCUACAUGGUACUUGAAAUGUGCAAGAAGGGCGUCGUCAUGAAGGUUGGCCUGGAUGAGGAUGCCGAUCCCUACAACAGCGAGACUUGCCGGUACUGGUUUCGCGAUCUCAUACUGGGCAUCGAGUAUCUCCACGCCCAGGGCGUCAUCCAUCGCGACAUCAAGCCUGACAAUCUUCUGUUGUCAGGCGAUGAGGUCCUCAAGGUGGUCGACUUUGGCGUCUCAGAGAUGUUUGAGAAGCCAGAAGACAUGAGAACGGCCAAGUCGGCGGGCUCGCCGGCGUUCCUACCCCCUGAGCUGUGCGGCAAACACCAGGAAGUCUCGGGCAAGGCCGCCGACAUUUGGUCAAUGGGCGUUUCGCUCUACUGCCUCAAGUACGGCAGGAUACCGUUCAACAGGCCAGGCGUGCUGGAGAUUUACGAAGCAAUCAAGGAGGAGGACCCCCGUAUACCUGAAGACGAGGAUCCAGCCUUUGUUGAUCUGCUUCACCGCAUCUUGGAAAAGGACCCCGACAAGCGCAUCACCAUGGCCGAGCUCCGAGAUCACGCCUGGGUGACGAAGGGCGGCAUCGAUCCCUUGUUGUCCGCCGAGGAGAACUGCGCGCACCUCGUCGAGGCUCCAAACGAGCUGGAGAUCAACCGAGCGUUUACCCGCAAGAUGAACCAUCUCUUGUCCGUCAUGAAAGCCAUUCAUCGUUUCAGGUCCUUGCUCCUCGACAUCCGGGCGCGGUCAGGAGCGCCUCCCGGGCCUUCCAAGCCAUCGCCAGGCCCAGGCAGCACCCCUGUUGUGGCCGGACCGGCCGAGCAGCGCGCAGAGGCCGAGGAAAUCGAGGCGCUCAUCAAACAGCGCCGCGAUCUGCUCCGCCAAGAAGACGACGACGAGGCCGACAAGGGCCACCACGCUCGCGACGUCGCCGACCAGGAACCCCUGUUCCUAGGUAUCGGCACCGGAGCCAGAGACGCCUUCGCCAUGGACGAAGCCACGCCCGACGUGGUUGCCGACUCUCCCACUGCGGUCGACUUCAAUGUCUAUGACCGUGCCUACGAGGAGGCGAUAGAGAAGCAGAUGAAGGUGGCCAAGACCGGCAAGCCGACUCUGUACCUGACCAAGUUCGUCAAGGAGACGGAGCAUUUCAAGAAGCUUGAGAAUCUCGUCGAGGGUACAGUUUUGUCGCCGCCCGUGCUCAAGGCCGAGGUCAAGGAGUCGAAAGAGCACCUGCAGCGCCACAUCGCGAACGCGCCGAGCGGCAAACUGGCGCAACUCGUCUCCAAAAUUGGCAUCUCGGACACGCAAGCGCCUAAGACACGGUCACCGGAGUGAACACGCCCCGUCGCCCUGUGGUUGGACAAAGACGACGGGCCGCGGCUCUGUGUCGCAGUUCAGUUCCAGAUAUCGCAGUCUAGAACAAAGGCAAUUCCUUCUUCGACGAUUCGACGCUGUCGCAGGUCUUGGCGACGCACAUGAUAACCAGCAUCAUGCAUGCCAACAGUCACCGAGCGUCUCUUUUUCGACGGCGCCAAGGCCCCCAGGUCAGGCUUUGCUCACCGCUCACCGCUCACCGGUGUCCACCCUGCGUGCUUGGCGGGCGGGCGGCGAUUCCCACACAGCCUCGCACACAAUGUCGGGUUUUAUCACGGUCAAGCGAGGCGGCAUCACUAGUCCGAGCUUGACACUGCGGAACAACGGGGGGGUGCCUGGGGCGCUGAUUCCCUGUCGCGACAACCGCCGAAAGACAGUGGUACCUGGUGGUCUUUUUUUUUCCUUUUGCGAGCACCGAUGGCCGGAGGUAUGUCGACUCGACAACGGAGGUGGGCAGGGAUUGAGUCUGAGAGGCAACAGGGUUCCUACUGUCAACUCAGCUGAGACCGCCCUCGAGCCGAGUCAGGCAGCUAGGGAAAACAUAGCGACUGGUCAGUGCUGACGGUGCGUAGAGGCGGGCUAUCCUAUGCCAACACCUGCGGCACUUGAGACGACAACGCGGAACGAAUCGACGGCUCGCCGCUGCCCGGUUGCUGGAGGCUCGUGACCCAGAGGUUCUGCCAGCGACCGGAACAAUCCUGACCGCCAAGGCGAUGAUGCAGCUCUUGAAAGGGGGGUUGGCAAGGAUGGUGGGCUCGGCUCGCGCGGCUUGGCGUGCGUACAUAUGCAACCAUGACCGCCGCCGUGCAUGCGGCUCGCUCGUGCCGUUCUCAACAUCGGAAUCUACACGCUGAGGGCGGAAUUGAAAUCUGGCUGGAGCCACUGGUGGUCGAGAUGUGGUGCACGGGGCACACGGAGGUUGAUACGCGGUCGCGCCGAGACUGACUGGGCGAACAAGACAACGACUCAGAAGCAGGGUGUCUCGACACUUUGUUGGAUACAGGGGAGCCGAUUGGGCAAUAAGUGCAUGCGUUCCCUGGCUGCUACCCAAGCUGGAGAUUGGGGCGAGGCACGAGGGUCACUCGAGGGAAGUGCGGUACUGGUGUUGGGGCGAGGCGACACUGCAUCUCUUGGGUAUGGCAGCCGAGGUCUUUUGAAGGCCACGGGUUUUUCGGUGCCAAGACGGUGUCGCGCGAAGCGCUUAUUGUUGAUGGGUGGAGAGGAUGCGGGAGACGGGCCGUCGCGUCAGGCGUACGUAUGCGUAUGUACGAAGCGGUUCUGGGUCAUAAGUAUACAAGGCACUAAGUAAGUGCUACCACAAGUACCGGCCGCAUAGGGCCGUUCUGGAGCCAUGCACGUUUUGUCGCAACGAUGCACAAGCCUACUAGGCAUGUAUUUGCCCUGAGCGGGCUAGUACUAGCACAUGUUCAGGUGCAAUACUUCUGG